AUGGUCAAAUUCACUGGUCGAAAUUCUAACAAACAAUAUAUGCCGAAAAAACCGAUAAAGAGGGGAUUUAAAAUUUGGUGUUUAGUUGACAAACAAGGUUAUUUAUGGAACUUUGAAAUUUAUACGGGAAAAGUUGGUGAAAAAUCUGAAAAACAAUUAGGUGCUCGUGUAGUAAAACAACUAUCUCAACCUUUACAAGAAAAAAAUCAUUGUUUAUUCUUUGACAACUAUUUUACCAGCUACCCUCUAAUGACAUAUCUAAAAUCAAAAAAUAUAAAUGCAUGUGGAACAGUCAAUCUUACAAGAAAAUUUUUACCAGCAUUGAAAAACGAUAAACAUUUAAGAUUUAACAUUAGGAGAAUAUGA